CUCCAGUUUCGUUCCACUUCCCAUCAAUGUCGGGCCAUCUUUCUGAGUGCAAUAAAUCUAAUCCUUUUACUGGCAUGAGCCUUCCGGUAAGAAUAUAGCAGAAAAUUUCUGGCUCGAUCCUGGAAGUGUUGUUCUUGAAUGAGGAGGUGAUGCUAUGUUGACGUCCUUCGAGCCACACCAGUUUGCUACCUCGUCAUAGGCGAUGGAGUCAUCGUGGAUCAAUACAUCAUCUCUUGCUCUCGACCUCAGCGUCGGCCCUCGCUGGCUCCCCGACGAAGCUUCGAGACAGCCUCAAACUCGUUCGACGCAUGCUCAGCAAAGUGUUUCGAAGAAAGAUGAGGUUGAAGUAGGACUGGAAGCCAAGUUGAAUCAGAUGAGCAAGGAGAAUAAGAUGCUGACGGAGAUGGUCAGCGCCAUGCACCACAACUACAAUGCUCUCUGUAAUCAGUUCUUCAACCUGGUAGGCUCCUCUCCUUCCAAGGGAGAGGCGGAGUCGCCGAGGAGGAAGAGGAAGAGCGAGAGUCCUGAAAUGGUCAACUAUGGCGAAGUGGGUUCUGAGAAGAUCGAUGGGGUUGUCAGCUACAUCGAGAGCAACUCAAACGAAGACAAUAUGUUCAAAAGAUUCAGGGAAGAUCCUAAGCUCAAGAUAUCCAAGGUUUAUGUCCAAACAGAGCCAUCGGAUUCGAGCCUGGUGGUCAAAGAUGGGUAUCAAUGGAGGAAAUACGGGCAGAAGGUUACCAGAGACAACCCAUCUCCCAGAGCUUAUUAUAGAUGCUCCUUCGCACCUACAUGCCCUGUCAAGAAAAAGGUGCAGAGAAGUGCAGAAGACAGAUCCAUCUUGGUGGCUACAUAUGAAGGUGAGCACAACCACGGACAUCUUUCACAGGGAGCAGGUUCGGUGCAGAGUGGACCGCAGCCAUGCUUGGUCUCCAUCGGCCCUUCGUGCCCGACCAUCACCCUCGAUCUCACGCAGCGGGGAUCUCAACCAGAUCUUGGGAGGUUCUGCAGAGAGAUGGAGUCACCGGUGUUCCAGCGGCUGCUUGUUGAGCAGAUGGCCACAUCAUUGACGAAGGAUCCAAAUUUCACGACUGCACUUGCGGUUGCGAUUUCUGGGAAGAUGCCUCAGCAUCCACCAGCUCAAAACUAAGCAUGCUGUUGUUCGUGUAAAUAGAGCUAGAUUUGUAGCAGGGUUAGGUCAAAUUUUGUUGGAGAUUGCUGAGUUGAAGGCCAAAGAAUUGUCCAGACACUGAGCAGCUUCCAGGUUGAAGCUCUUGUUCUUGGCAGCCAAUAAGAACAAGUUCAUACCUAAUUUGAUUUCUGGAAUUUGCAUAUCCCUAGCGAUUCAGUGUAUAAUGAGCACACUGUGCUACCGUUGUAAGGAGUAAGAUUCGUUAAGGUUUAUUCUUCCUCUA